AUGCAUCCAUUAGUCGAUGAAUUGACUCUUUCACGCUACUUGACCCACGGUACUUCAGUUUUAUCAAGUUCCCUUUAUUCUGUUGCUUUCUUUCUCUUUUUUUUUCCCAAUUUCCUUUUUUUUUGCUCUUGUCCCAAUCAUAAAUGGGUGAGUUUACCGUUUAUUGGAAUGGAUAUUUUGGAAGCCCUUUGUUUUUAUAGAGAGGGAAAAAUACGGAAUAUUUUUGAAAUAGGUGGUCUAUUACUUCAGAGUUUUUAUAAUUAA